CGUGAUGGGAUGCAAAAACGCAAAAUAAAACUUUCAACACAUUAUCAGUUGUUUACACUCGUUGGUGCGAUCACUACAGAGACUACGAUCGCGGUUGAGUGGAUGCUGCGGCUCGCUUCCAUCGCCCAGCAUCGGGAGAGGGUAUCGCACCUCAUAUCGCUAGCGCGGGAAUAGAUCGAAAUUCAUAAUUCAAAGUGUAGUAGUAUAAGUGUUAUCGUACCCUCGUAACUUCGAAAAAUCCUAAGUCAACAUCAUAAGGAGAGGAGCAUCUAUGUACAUAUGUCUAUCGGCAUAAUUACAUAAAUUAGCGGAGCUGUGCACUUGGCUUCAUCUUGUCUCCGUGUCUUGCCGCUUUUCCCCAGAUAUUAGAGUUCCGAACACAAGCCUUUGAUUAGUUUUUAUGUAUUUGUUGCAAGUUUUAGGCCCAAAAACAGCCAUUUUCAUGUUUUAAAAGUUAAGGUAAGAAGGUGCAGGCUACAACAAAUGUCCGAUUCCCUCACAUCUAGGCUCGGAGGAGCUCCUGUCAGUUGACUCUUUGUGGAGGAUCUCGUUAGAUCUCAUCUCUUUGGCGUUUGAGAUUUCGUAUUCUGAAGGCGUAUAGGGGCACGGUGAGCCGUGGCGACCCGGCAAGCGAUACCUUUCUCCGCUACGCUGCUCCGUUUCCUACAAAACGUCUUGAGCAAGAGUGCAAGACGUUCGCUGUCUGCCAUUUUGCCGUGCGCUCGGAGACGAGGCUUUGUGAAGAAACACCUUGUUUUUGAUGUUUCUGUAUUGUUUCCGGUGCCACCAUGAAACCUGGUCAGCUGAGAGAGCGGCCUAAAUCCGUUACGGUCCCGCUAUCCGCCGCCCCCUUACUUACUUAGCGUCAUGCAGCCCCAUUUACCCUGCUGAGUGUCCUGGUAACUUCCCAGAAGCCCCUCCCCCCCCAUGCAAGGGAGGCGCAGGCCGCAUUCCUGCUGUCCGAACUGAGGACGUGUGGCUCCAGCCCGGGUGCCUGUCGGGGAGGAACAUGGAGCACUGAAUGGAGACAACGAGAGGCACGGGUGUCGGGCCCAGCAGCUUUUACAUGUCGACCCCCCCCCGCCCUCGCUUUCCCCUGUUGUUAGAUUGCCCUGUUCUCUCUCCGGCUUCCCUCUGUAUCUCCUUUAACUGCUGUUUCUUUGUCUGCUGCGUUUCUGUCAUUCACACCAUGGUAAGCGGCCGCAUUGUUUCGUGACGCCGGUCAUUCAUAUUUCAUGGAGUCAUGUGGCCGUGUGUGGGCGGCCUCCGCGCGCCGCUGUUGUGAGCCUCUCACAUUUUCCAUAAGCGGAGCGGGGAGCAGCCGCAGAGCAUCUGCGCAGGCGCAGCUCCUUUGUUCCCAUAGCCAGCUGCUGGCUGCGAGCCGGAGGAAGACUGAACGCACGCGCAAGAAAAUAAACCUCGGUUUACAUGCUAAUGCCUCAAAGCAAGAGUGGAAAGGCAUCCCCACACUGCAAGUUCAGAGACUGCUUUGUUCCUCUACUGCAGCGCCUCCUGAAGAGGUGACGGUGGUGUACCAGAGCGGGCUGCCGGUGAUAUCCGUCAGCUUGCCGUCACGACGGGAGCGCUGCCAGUUCGUCCUGAAGCCGCUGAGCGACUGCGUGGGUGUCUUCUUGCAGCAGCUGCAGGCUGAGGACCGGGGCAUCGACCGCGUCGCAGUCUACUCCAUGGAUGGCACAAGGGUGGCCUCCUCCACGGGAAUCGACAUCUUGCUGCUGGAUGACUUCAAACUGGUCAUCAAUGACACCACGCACGUUGUGCGGCCGCCUAGGAGAGAACUAAUUCCACAAGAGGAUGCAGAAAGGCUGAAUGACGUGAAGUUCCUAAUCCAGCAGCUCUACACUACUCUACACAUUGAGGAGCACCAGCUGAGCAGAGAGAGAGAGCUGAUUGGACGGCUGGAGGACUUGAAUUCGCAGCUUCGCCCACUAGAGAAGAUGAAGGAGGAGCUGAGCAGGAAGGCGGAGCGCCGGACCACGUGGGUGUUGUGGGGGGGCAUGGCGUACAUGGCCACGCAGUUUGGCAUCCUGGCUCGCCUCACCUGGUGGGAGUACUCCUGGGACAUCAUGGAGCCUGUCACAUACUUCAUCACCUACGGCACGGCCAUGGCCAUGUACGCCUACUUUGUGCUCACGCGCCAGGAGUACAUAUACCCGGAUGCCAGGGACCGACAGUACCUGUUGUUCUUCCACAAGGGCGUGAAGAGGACUCGCUUUGAUGUCGAAAAGUAUAACAAACUAAAGGACGCCAUUGCUGAGGCGGAGCUGGACCUGAAACGCCUGCGAGACCCUCUUCAGCUGCAGCUUCCCAUCCAGCAGAUCACAGGCGGCAAAGAUUGAUGAGAAGCGAAAACGCUUCCUCCUUCCCCCUCUUUUCUUCCUUUUUUUUUUUUUUUUCCCUGCCACACACAGUCUCUCUCUAUCCGCCCCCCACCCGUCAUUCUUUUUCACUCCCCAAAAACCCAUCAAUUCCGCAACUAAAGGCGAAAGAUUUUAUUUUUUAUCCUUUUCCUUCUUAUCCAAAUUCUUUUUUUACUC